AUCAACUCACCACCACCCCGCCUAUUCUUAAUAAUAAUCUCCCCUAACCCUCCCUUUUUCCUUUUUCUUUUAUUUUUUUUACCUUAAAAAGUUUCUCAUGCAAGUUUAGCAACUUUGAAAUUAUAAUACCAUCGACCACACUUGCCACAUACAACAUCAACUCUGGAUCUUCCUUUUGCGAUGGAGUGCUAUUCUGACGAAGUCGAUAGCGAAAAAAGCAGCAGAGAGCUUACUAAGAAUAGUAACAAUCACAAGAGAUCAUCCGGCGGCUGCUGCGGCACAGCAGGAGCGGUAAAGCGGCCGAGGGGCCGUCCCCCGGGAUCAAAGAACAAGCGCAAGCGCCCGGUCAACGACAUCGCCGCCGAGCCGUUGCUCACAAUUUGCACCCAUAUCCUUGAGAUCCCCGCCGGCCGCGACGUCGCCGUGGCGCUCGCCGCAUUCGCCCGCGGCCGCCGCCUCGGCCUCUGCGUGCUCGCUGCCUCCGGCCCAGUCGACGGCGUCACCCUCCGGGGGGCCGCCGGCGCCGUCGCCCUCCGCGGCCGGUUCAACAUCCUCUCCGUCUCCGCCGCCUUCCUCCCGCCGCCGGCAGCUGGAGCCGGAGGGUUGUCGGUGUCGGUGGCGGUGGCCGGGCCGCAGGGGAGGGUGGUGGGCGGCGUCGUGGCGGGGCCGCUGGUGGCGGCGGGGACGGUGGUGGUGGUGGCCGCAGCCUUUUCCGCCGCCGCUUUUCACCAGCUUCCUGGGGGAUCGGAUGUUUCUGAUGCACUCCUACGCGGCGGCAGCGGUGGCGGCGACAGAAGUAGGAUUGGUGGUAACAAUGAUGACGACGAUGAACAAGAGCUAGGAUCUGCAGAUGCUGUAAGUUUGUACAGGGGACAUCUCCCGCCGGAUUUCUUAUGGGCUCCAACGGCCACCCGGCCAACCAAUCGGCCACCACCUUAUUGAACCAGUUUAUUAUUAGUUAUUAGCUUAUUAUAUUAUAUUAUUAUUCUGAGUCCGGCUAGAAUACUAUCGAUGGCAUAAAGCGUUUAGUGAUAUUAAGUUUUUCGUUGUUAGAUUUAACCCUUUGACUAUUUUUAUCCGUUAUAUUAUAUUAUUAAACUAAUAACUCACUCAA